ACCAAAGCAUGCUGUCUGGCUGUGCAGAUUUCAAGCCAGUUCCAAACUUCGUCUGAGCUUACAUGUUUAUGUUCUACUGGACAAAGAAACCUCUUUUAAAGUCUUUUUUUAUGCCAUGGCAAAAAAUUAAGUGGAUACCAACUUCAGUGCUACAGUGGAUCUUUCUGGAGUGUUCAGUGAGUCAUUUCCGUGAAGAUGGAGCCUUGAAAAAAUUCUUCUGAAUAAUGGUGCUUCAGAAAGCAAUAAACAUGAGUUUAAUGGACAUUUCCAAGAUGUUCUCUAUGCUCCAGCCGAGAGAGGAAGAGGAUGCAGACAAUGGAGAAUGUCGCGAGCUAAAUGAAGCUGUAUCCAAUGACGACGAGAUGCUCCUGUCUGAGCUGUUGGCCCAGGACAGGUACAGAAAAUUCAUCAAUAGCCGCAGUGGAUGGGGAAUCCCGGGGACGCCCCUGAAGACCGCCGCAUCCCGGGGCCACGUGAGGUGCCUGGAGGUCCUUCUCUCACAUGGAGCCGAGGUGGACAGUCUUGACGUGAAGGCGCAGACCCCUCUCUUUACAGCUGUCAGUGGGAAACAUAUAGACUGUGUCAGUGCUCUCCUAAAGGCCGGGGCAGAUCCCAAUGGUAGUGUAUACAACAAUUGUUCUCCGGUCCUUAUGGCUGCCCGUGAAGGAGAUGUGGAUAUUUUGAGAGAGCUUCUCCAAUACGGCGCAGAGGUUAAUGUCAGGCCCAAAGUACCAGAAUGGGCUUCCAAUGCUUCCGGUUGCACUGGCCCUCUCUACCUUUCAGCUGUUUAUGGACACCUUGACUGCUUCAAGCUGCUUCUUCUGUAUGGCGCGGAUCCAAAUUACAACUGCAGGGAGGAGAAAAUGCUUGCAAGGAUAAAACAACCCAAGACAGUUCUGGAGAUGUGUCUUAGAUACGGUUGUGGAGUAGAGUACAUUCAGCUCUUGAUAGACUUUGGUGCAAACGUCUACCUGCCCACUCUCAUAAUUGAGAAAACUACAAAGCAGAAUGAAGCCGUUGUUCAGCUCCUUAAAGAACGAGUCUGCCCAAAAACGCUGAUGUCUCAGGCACGCCUAGCUAUCCGCAGCUAUGUCCCGAUGGCUAACAAAAUGCGUUCCAUUGAUUGUCUGGAUCUCGCCCCAGUGCUGAGGAAUUAUCUGAAACACACUACAUGAGGUUAACCCAAGGACAUUUCAUUGAAAAAUGUCUCCAGUAUUCUUGCAAGCCUUCAUCGUGGAUACAUUAUAAAUGCAUUUCUGAUGUGUUAUAUCGUUUUCUAAAAAAAAACAAAAAGAAAUAUACAGGAAAAAAAGUGUUUACAUUGUUUAACUGAGUUAUAUUUAUUGUGUGUUUUUUUAAUGAAGCAUAACAAAUAUUACUAUGCAGUUUGAGGCUCAAAGCAAAGACUUGCCUCGUGUUCUCUGGGCAUUCCUGUAUGAAUUAACUUUCAUGUGCCAAGCAAAGCUGUUCUAACAUACAGUACACAGUUUGAAGCAUUUGUAUGUUGAAUUGCAGUAUUUUUGUGUCAGAUAGAUCAGUGCCUAUAGAAUGUGACUACAAUGGACUGCUAUCUCCUGUCCUGUGCUUCCAGGAGAGGCUACAGGGCUCCCUGUAACCCUGCACUGGAGAUGUUUUAGUUAUUGAAGAUGGAUGGAUGGAUGGAUGGAGGGAUGGAUGGAUGGAUGGGCAGGUGCAUGCAUGUACUGUAUGGACUAUUGUGUAAAUGACCAUCAUUCAUUUUUAAAAAAAGUUCUAUAGCCUUAUCUUAUAGUAGCAUGUAUUGUAUUAAGGUAUCCAUUGAAAAAAUGAAAUCUGAAUGAAAGUCUGCGAUUGUUUGUGGUACACCAAUAAAAGCAGUUUGUUUGUUGUACACAAAUAAAAGCAGUUAACUCACCGCAAUGACCAAAAUAUGACCACCCAUUUUUCUAAUUUUUUUACACACCAAAAUGAUGAUUUUAGUCAAAUUAUGACAUUAUUUGUAAUAUAUUAUACCUCUACUCUGACAUUAAUUGGAUAGCAUAAUCUUUGGAGGUUUUCUUAAAUUCAUUUUUUUAAAUUAUUUUUACGAUGUGCCGUUUUCAUUUUGGAGGUAUUUCCCAGUUGUAUAUAUCUGCAUUUAAUCUAGACAUACUGGUUUGAUCCAGCUAAUGCAGAUGAAAUGGUAGCUGAUUGUUUCCCGUUUGCCAGCCAUUAAAAAAAUCCGUAUAGAAUAUUUGUAAAGCUGCAGAAGAAUUAUUACUGAUAUUUCAUUAUCUUCAAAUAAACAAUACUCCCUAA